UUUUCUUCUUUACCGUGUGACACAUCCUUCCCAUUAUAAACGAUCUUCGACCACACACGCCCAGCCUCAGCACCAGCGCAUCCUUUCUCCACGGGGUUUGGGUUGUCCCCCCCUCUGUCCGCACCAACAUUACAAGAAACCAUGAGAGGGACGAGGCCUUCGUGAUAAGGACAAACCCUACUGGACCUCGUUCUUCUCCCCCCCUCUCCGAACCUGUCGUGGUUCGUUAUGUCUUUGAGCCUGCUCCCCCUCUCGCCAUGCCCGCCGCUGAACGCUCCGUGCUGCCGCCGCCGCCGCUGCUGCUCUUUCUGCCGUCGUUGCUUUUGAUUCCGUGCCUGGAUGGGGCGCUGAGAGCAGCGGAGGAGGGCGGCGGCCUGCCCUCCUCCUCGCCCGGGGACAAUGGCCUCACCAUUGCGGUCGGAGACCCGUCUGUCACCGACCCGAGCGCCCCGGGGCGACUCCUCAGCCCCUCCGCUGCGAUAGAAGAGCCCCAGUUUGCCCUGAAGGUGCUGGUGAGGGACCUAGUGACCCGCCAGGCGCUGCCGGGUGCUUCAGUGGACGUUUACGUAAACCACACCCUGAGGAGCUCUGCCCGAACAGACGAGAAGGGUGAGGUUCUGCUCUGGGUGACGUACAGUCCCGGCCUCAGUCUGACUCUGCUGGGCACCAUGGAGGGCUAUGCCCCCAGCCCCGUGCCCUGGAGCACCGCCAAGAGGCCGAUUUUCUCUGCUGUGACGGUGCUGCUGCUCCCUCACAGUCAGGGGAACAUCUGGCUGUUUGAAGACUCAGUACUCAUCACAGGGAAGUUACCUGACAGCUCAUGCCAACCCAAGGUUAAGUUCCCCAAGAACCUCCUCACAAUGUCUGAUAAGAGCAACGUCUCCUCGGUGACAGCGUACCUGACUGUACCACAGCACCACCUAGCGAAAGACUGUGCCAACUGCACUCCAGGCAUCAUCAGCAAAAAAUCAUUGGUCCAAAUCAUCGAGCUGAAGGCGCUGGCAGCCGUCAAUGUCCUGUUGUACUCUGGCGGUGAGGAGCUCCAGGUUCGAGGGCCCAUUCAAAUCAGCCUUCCCCUGGGACACGGCACGCACCUCAGGGCCUCCGACACUGUGCCAGCCUGGGCCUUUAACCUAAAGACAGGUGCCUGGGAGAACCAGGGUCUGGGGAUAGUGAAAACGGUUGGCGAUGAGCUGGUUUGGACCUACACCGCUUCCCAUCUGGGCUACUGGAUCGCUGCCCUUCUUCCCUCAUCACACGGUAACCUGGGACAUGGAAGCUCCAUUGAUUUCAUAUCACACCACACCUACCUGUUGAUGGGAAUACUGGGAGCCAUGCUGGCUAUAGUGAUUGGACUUCUUUCCUUGCUGCUGUGUCACUGCGGGAGAAGUUCUUAUCGAGAGCCCAGGAGGGGGAGGGGAGCACGCUUUUCCAAACUCACGGUGGUGAAAAAAGACCAAACCACCUCCACCCACAUGGAAGAGGGUUUGUUGUUCCGUUCUGGCGACAACGGCCUCGCUUCCUGCAGCGUCCAGUGUGAACCCUCGUCCACGCCGAGGCACAAAGCCAACUACAACAUCUAUGUGGAGGAUCCAGGGAGUCGCCCCACGGCUCCUCUUUAUGAGAACAUUGCUCUGGAUCGGAUCAAAGGUCCCCAGCCGACGUCUCACUACAUCAACAGCGAAGAGGCGGCCCGGCUUCGGGAGAAGUCAGAGCAGAUUCGGGUCAACAUAAACUCUGACAACUUCUUUCCAGAUAAGCUGCUUCAUAUUUACAACCAGCCAGUGGCUAUUAUUCAGGCGCCGGAGCUUUUCGGUGCUCAGGAGCAGCAACUAUCAGGCUGCAAGUCUGCUACUUUCCCCCGCAAUGGAGUUGACUAUGAUGCUCACUCAGAGCCUGCAAGUAAAGACAGCUACACCCAGACACUACCCAAAGUCCCUCACCACCACUCCCAAGGUGGGAGCAGCCCACAGCAGAGCAGCCAAGAUGAGCCCCAGCCUCUGGAGACUCCUCCGCAAGGCCAAGGCCCUAACGCCGUCGUGUGGGGACGCUACAGUAACCUCCUGGAAUCCUCCGUCUCAGUCCCUGGGACUCUUAAUGAGGCGGCUGGUAUGGAGGCCUUCAGCAGUGGGCAUGGUGUACCCAGCGAGCUGCAGGGGAUUUCAGAGCGCACCUUGCUGGAGCUGACCCGGGGCAAGUCUCACCCCAGGGCCUGGUUUGUCUCCUUAGACGGGAAGCCGGCCGCCCAGGUCCGCCACUCCAUUAUCGAGCUCCAGAGCCGCCACCGCCCGCCGAGCAGCAACGACACCAGCCUGGACUCUGGGGUGGACAUGAACGAGCCUCAGCAUAACAUCCGCGAGGCGGAGCGCGACAGGCGCUCCAUCAGGGCCUCUUCCCUGCCGCACCACAGCCGAGGAGGGCGUUAUGGUGAGGAACAGGACCUGAGCAGUAGUGAGAGUGGCACGACAGCCACCUGUACACCAGAGGACCCUUCCUUGAGGAACAUUUUAGACGGUAGCAGCGGGGCUAUUCCUAACAUUCCUGAAGAGCGAGACGGGAUGGAUACGUCCAGCGCUCAGGAGGACAGCGAGUCCAGAGGUACACCGCCUCCGCGGCGCCUGAGGAAGGUCAGAGAGAAGGGCAAGACUGAAAAGAGGAGUGCCAAGCAUGUCCGCGAGGGGAGACCUCUGACCAAGCGCAGUUAGGGCACGGCUCGUUGCAAACAUCAAGCCUUUUUUCAUCAGUGCUUAAUUUAAAUGUCCCAUUAACCAUUUCACCCACACUGAGCUAUUUUCAUCACAUGGCGUCAUCAGUGCUGAGUGAUCCAAAUUAGUUUUCACCACUUGUGCUCACGCAGGCAUUGUUGUUGUUGAGUUAUGUGAUUGUACAACUUUGCCAAAGAAUGCAUACGCUCCAAAAAAAAAAAGCAGGAUCUAUUGUCAUGUUGAAGCAUCAUGUAGCUGCUGUUAAGACACAUUUGUGUGCACCAUGUUGUUUCAUUCUCCAGAAUCUAAAGAUCACCAGCGAGAUUCUUCACAUGAAAAUGUCCGUGUGAACACGAUGUCCCAUAGUCCCCAGUGCUGGCAUUAUAAAGGGUGCCUUCUUACUGCCAUUAAAUUUAAAUAUGGUCACAGUAUUUGACUAUAUUUUGUAAAAUCUGGUGAGUUUGCAGGAUGGACACAGAUACAGGUCUAUGCGUAGUGCACUUAUCCUCAUCAUAAAUGCCUGCUGUAAAAUUAAAUAAGAUAUAGAAGCUUUCCCAGUUUGCAGUACUGACGUCUCGUUUCGAUCAUUCUGCCUCAUUUAUAUCGGAAUCAGCUCUGUCCGAACAAUGAAUGACUGAUCGUCUUAACUUUCUGCCUGUCACUGACUCCAAUGGAUUUUUGGAGUAAAAACACUGAUGUACAUUGUAAAGCUAAGCUGCCAUUUACAUACCUGAUAUUCAAGGUUUUAAGCCUACGAUUAUUUUAGAAUGCAUGAAAAUGAAUGUUUCCUUGUGUGUAUGAAAAUUGUUCUUGCAUUUCACUGUAGAGCUAACAUUACGUCAUCGUAGCGGUUAUAUUACUUGGGGACUGAAUGGUUUAUUUCAUUGUCUAGUCUUGGAAGGAGACUCGGUGUUGUGCUGCCAACUGUAAUUACUGUAACUACAACAACAACAAUAAUACCCCAGGACUUCUACACUAUGAUUAUGGGCCAAUAUUUAAAAAAAAAAAACACACCAUCUAGAAGCCCAGUAAUGGCUCAGAUUGCCUGUCUGAAACAAUUCAUGGUACAACCAGCUACAGCCUGAGGAAGUGCUGUUAAAGUUAUUACAUUACAUUAAUUUGCAAAUAAGUUAUGGAGAUCAGCACCUUCUGCUUAGCCCCCCCUCUGAUAAUAACAAAGUAUAAGCCCUUGUAAUUAUUUUAUUUAUAGCAUUAAUUCGGUGCCUUGGAGUUUUACUUUCACAACCUGUAUUCCUGUAUUUACUUCCUGACCAUGGGAUACUUUGGUUUAACCAAUUCAUAAACAAAUAAGUGUACAGCAGUACAACAAAGUCCCAGGUACGCCUGCCUUUUACGUCUGUCCUCUAAUUGACAUGGCAGCUUUAGUCUCGAUCUCGUCACAUAAAGCACACUUCACUUUAAUAUGUGCCCAUUUGUUCCACUGGCACACAGCAUUCCCAGAAACAUAUUCAACUUUGAGUGUAAAUACUACCACAGCAUCCUGAACACUGACAUCAUUGGCCAUCAAUGAUAAGGUUUGGCAAAACGUUUACCACGAAUACCACAAAGCUGUUUUACUAGCAAUAUUUACCAUGAAUUCAAAUUUAAAAUGGAACUUUGCAGCGACAAUUUUGCCAUAUUCAGUCUUCCGUCAUACUGUAAAAGUUUUCCCGGUUGAGUUUGUAUGUAUAUUCACACAUUCGUGUGUUCUUUUGUAUGUAUAUACUAAAGCAACAUUUUAUGUAUUAUGUGGCUGUGAUUUCAAUUAUUUUGUGCCGUUUUUCUCUCAGCUGAAAGUCUGAGAGGUGCAUCAGUGUGUUCCAGUGAACGGAUGAAUGACAAGGUUUUUGAACCAGAGUCAUAUGACACGUUAUCGAUAUGAUUUCUAUUUUUUUUUUAAGUUAGCCUAAAGAGCGAGCCUUUUAAAAGGGAGUGUAAAACUGAGCUUUGUAAUUUUUAAAUGUAGCAACAAGUUGAGCACUUAAUCAUUCAGUAUGCUUACAAAUGGAAGUACUUUCUCCAUCAGCUUGAAAACACAGCACACCCCAGCUUACGCAGCAACACGAGGAGUAGUUGGUGAAAACUUUGUGUUGACAAUUCUUGACGAGCAAAUCAAACCUACUGCCACUCCUGUUUUAAAGUGAUCUCGCUGAAUGUAUUUGUAUUGAUUUUAAUGUGUUCUAUAUGCUCCUUUUGUGUCUAGACGUUGAACCUUAUGGGGAUUUAGUUUCUUCCAAAAUGGGCACCUCUUGUGUUUACCUCUGUAAUGAUGGUAGUGUUAUUAGUCUUGCCUUUUUGUGCACUAAAUUAAUAAACUUACUUGAUACCAUU